AUGGGGAGAAGUGUUGCGCAUCUAAGGUUGAGCAAGCCGACGGAGUUCGCAACGAUAAUUGUUGUUCCCCUGGCCGUAGCUGCAACGCGCCAGAUCCCGGCAGAAAAGCAAGCAUGCGCAGGAAAGACACCGUUUCGUCAAGCCUGCGCCUCUCAUCUGAGACUUGCCUUCGAAAAGUAUUCCUCGUAUCUCGAGACUGGGCGUUGUAUCUGCCGAAACGUAUUAUCCCAGGCCAAUGUCUGCUGCGACAAGGAAGUUCGAUCCGCUGCCAUCAGCGCUGGCACGAGUUCGUCAGUGGAAUUGGGCCCAAGUAGAUCCACUGCGGCUGUUUUGACCAGACGUCGUGAUGCCCUACUUGAUAAGCAGUCCACCGAACUAAGCGCUAGCAAGAUACACUCCCGCUGUUCGAUCGAUGAAAUCUCAGAUAGGAUAUUGCCUAAAAGUGCUGAAGUCUUGACCAAGCAGCCCGACCCGGAGAUGGCUGCUGCUCGCGAAACAGUCCGAUUCAGUAUUACAGGCAUGACCUGUACUGGAUGUUCCAACAAGGCUUUGAAGACUCUUAAGAAUUUGGACGGCGUUUCCCGAGCUGAAGUUGUUUUCAUUUCUUCCGUCGGAGAAGUAGAUAUCGACCCCCAUGUCACGUCGGCUGAGACCGUACUUCGGCAACUUGAGCGCGAAACUGGAUUCAGGUGCACCCGCAUUGUACAAAACGAGCAAGUUCUCGAUGUCAUUAUGCCUGCUCAUUGCGCAAAGCAGUUGCAGGACAGACUGCCCACGGGAUUCAGCUCAAUCACCAAAGCCGGUCAAAUCUAUCGUGUCACCUUUGAUCCUGUGGUUACUGGGGCUCGGUCGGUGCUCUCGACCAUCCCAGAUGGCAGAUUGGCUCCGCCACAGGAUGCCUCACUUUCAAAAGGGAAGAAAGAGCUUCAAAGAUUGGCCUGGAGCACUGGACUGGCAACGGUGUUUACUGUUCCCAUUCUUGUCCUUGCAUGGUCUGACAUGUCCACAUCCUAUUCUAUACGCUCAAUCACCUCGUUGGUCCUUGCCACCGUUGUCCAAGCAAUUGCAAUUCCGGAAUUCUACGUUGGUGCAUUAAGGUCGUUUUUAUUCAGUGCAGUGGUCGAGAUGGACAUGCUGGUUGUCAUCAGCAUUACUGCUGCUUACGGCUAUUCAGUUGUCGCUUUCGCCUUGACCCAUGCCGGUCACCAACUGGAGCAAGGUGAAUUCUUCGAGACCAGCUCUCUGCUCAUCACCCUUGUACUUCUAGGGCGGUUGAUCGCAGGUACCGCAAGAGCUAAAGCUGUUUCCGCGGUCUCUCUCACGUCCCUCCAGGCGGAGACUGCCUUUCUUGUACAUGCGUCUGGUGAAUGUCAAGAAAUCGACGCACGACUACUUCAGUUAAGUGAUACAAUCUUGAUCCGACCACAUUCGCAGAUUGUGACGGAUGGUGUGAUCGUCAAAGGCACCAGUUCAGUCGAUGAAUCCAUGCUCACAGGGGAAAAUCUGCCUGUCGCCAAAGGCCCUGAGGACCCGGUCAUUGCUGGUACCAUGAACGGUCCUGGCCCUCUUACCGUUCGCCUUACACGCCUGCCGGGACAGAACAGCAUCAGUGAUAUCGCCAGACUGGUAGAAGAUGCCAUAGCAACAAAGCCUCGGGUGCAAGAUCUGGCCGACAAAAUUGCUGGUUGGUUCAUUCCCGUCGUUGUUUCUAUUGCGAUCAUUGUUUUCGUCAUUUGGAUUGUGAUUGCCCUCGAGGUCCGAGGGAAAAAUGCCAGUGGCGCCGUUGGCCAAGCGAUCACUUAUAGUAUCGCAGUACUGGCAAUCUCCUGUCCAUGUGCUCUUGGCCUGGCUGUUCCGAUGGUCUUGGUGAUUACAGGCGGGGUUGCCGCUCGAGCUGGUGUUGUUGUCAAACAAGCCGACGCAACGGAACGAGCCUUCAAAGUGACUGACGUCGUUUUCGACAAGACUGGGACACUUACCACCGGUGUGUUAGAGGUCGUUAGUGCGCAGACUUUGACUGAAACCUUUGGCUCGGGAGAAAUCAGUUCUCUUGUGUGUGCCUUGCUCAAAGACAACAAUCAUCCUGUGGCGUUAGCCGUUCGGUCUUUCCUACAGCAGGCACCGGUCUCACCGCUGGAAUUAGAAAGUAUUGAGACAAUUCCAGGAGCUGGCACUCAAGCAUUGUGGAAAGGGAUGGCCAUCAGAGGGGGCAAUCCCUAUUGGCUAGGCAUUGAAGAUGAGCCCUCAGUGACUGCACUUGCUGCUCAGGGCAUGACUCUUCUUUGUAUCACUGCUGGUCCGGAUAUAUUAGCCGUUUACGGCUUGAAGAGCGUUAUUCGACAAGAAGCGACUGAUGUUGUGGCCAAAUUGCAUCGCAACGGCAUUACUUGCCAUACCGUUAGUGGGGAUGGAUAUCAGGCUGUCAAGGAUACUGCUUGUGCAGUUGGAAUUCCUCCUGACAACAUUACUGGCCGUCGGUCGCCCGCGGAAAAACAACAGUAUGUCAAACAGUUGAUGGACCAGGGCAAAACUGUCCUCUUCUGUGGUGAUGGAACAAACGACGCGGUUGCCAUUGCGCAAGCCAGCGUAGGUGUUCAGAUCGGUUCCGCUUCGGACGUCACUCGCGCUGCGGCGGAUGUUGUCUUGCUUGGUGGUCUCGAGGGCAUACUUGUUCUGCUGGAUGUGUCUCGCCGCGCAUUCAAUCGGAUCGUUUUCAACUUUGUGUGGUCGGCCGUCUAUAAUCUCUUCGCCAUACUGCUCGCGGCGGGAGCUUUUGUCACAUUCAGGAUUCCUCCAGCAUAUGCAGGAAUUGGCGAGAUUGUUAGCGUCUUGCCUGUCAUCAUCGUUGCUUUGUCAUUGGCAUUUAUCAAGCAGUUCUGA